AUGCUAGCUAAGCACGGUCAAGACAGAGACGGGACAGACGGCCAGAAACGACCAUCCCACUACACGGAGGAUCCAUCCCAUGACAAGCGCAAGGAACGCAAAUGUCCCGGGAUAGAGGUUUCCCGCACAUUUCCAAGCAGCUAUGUGGAAGCUCAGAAACAUGGAAAUGACGGAAGAAUUAAAAUAAGAGAUUUUAUUCUCAAGCACGACGGGACGAAACCCUCCAGUCAAGGAAACGUACGAAACCCUCCGUACAGGAAACGUACGAAACCUUCUGCAAGAGGAAACGUAGAAGGAAGCACAAGGCCAAUGGAAUGGCGACACCAGCUACUUAUCAAGGAUAAGUUCAAGCUAACCAAUCAAGUAUGGGCACUCAGCUGCUCAUAUGGGACGAAAAUGUGUUGCACCAAUCAGGUGAGCCACUUGAUCCAGGAAGAUAGGAUCAAGGAGGAGAUGCUCAUCCUCAACGAACCAAUCACGUUCAGCUACCCAGCAGCUUGGGGAAUGGACCAAUGGGAAGGUGCCAUUCGACUCAAGUGGAUUGGGAUGGAAGAAGCUGCUCCAGGCGUGCAGCCAUGCCAUUGGUUGCAUGCGGAAGCGAGGUGUCGUGUUCUGAAGCCAUCAGACGCCACCUCGAGCUUCCGAAAAACCUAUAUAAAGGCCCCCUUGGUCUUCAUUUCCAAACCACACCACAAACUGAAAUCUAGAGAGAGAAACUAG